AUGAAGUCUAAAAAGAUCAUAGAAACGCCUCGUAUUGAAAAACCGUACGAGGAGAUCUACCCGCAUCUCAACAUCAACAAGCCGCUGCCCAUAGUAUUUACUCCAGGACACACCGGAGCUUUACCGGCAGUAUCCGUAAAAAUACCCGUGAUCAGAAACGGAAACAGCAAUGAAGAAUCAGAAUUGGUGCGCUAUGAUGACCGAGUGGCCACUAAGAAUGCCGAACUGACCAAGUUGGGCUACUCGACAGCCUUCGCGUUGCCCAAGGCGCACUAUCUGCGAAACGACCCGAUUGCGCAUCCCCGGUUCCCUGAACAAGUCUUGCCAGGUGAUUCUAAAGGAAUCCCAUGCAAGCACGACAGCUUGGAGUUUGUGGAAUACGACAUGGAUGAGCAGGAUCUGGGCUUCCUUGGCUACCUCGUCUCACAGUAUGGGGUUCCAAUCACCGCCGAGAUCUUUGAGGUUACAUUCAGCAUGCUUGAGCUUGAAAGCUUCAAGAUUGAACUGAAUAUGAAGCACAAAAACGAGCGGAUGCAGCUCAUUGAUGAAACCCAACAAUGCGUCAUCUGCAACGAGGCGGAUGUUGACAACCUGAACUCUAUUGUCUACUGCGAUGGCUGCGAUAUAGCGGUGCAUCAAGAAUGCUACGGUGUGCCAUUCAUACCAGAGGGCCAAUGGCUUUGCAGAAGAUGCAAGGCACAGGCUCCCGCGACCUCAAUCUCUUGCCUGUUCUGUCCUCAUCGGUCGGGUGCUCUUACCAAGACCAAAGAGGGCCGAUGGGCUCAUGUGCUCUGUGGUCUGUGGAUCCCUGAAUUGAGUAUAGGAAACGGCGUUUAUAUGGAGCCCAUCAAUGGCACACGCUUGAUUCCUCGGGAUCGCUGGCGGCUAAACUGCUUUAUUUGCCAACGGAAGCAGGGGGCUUGCAUACAGUGCGCCUAUGGUGACUGUACAACAGCAUUUCACGCAACAUGUGGUCAAUCUGCAGGCUUGUCAAUGACUCUGGUAGGCGGAAUUGCCGGAGCUUUAGCCGACCCGACGACGCUCGUCGCAUUUUGUUCUCGCCAUACCCCGAAGAAUGCCCCCGUGCAUGCGGACAUAGCCCUUGCCCGCAGAGCGCUUGAUCUUGAAGCGAGCGAGGCACAAAAAGAGGAGGAGCUUGACCAGAAGCGUUAUCCAGAAUGGAGGACCAAGAAAGGUGCCCUAUACGUGCCCACUAUUGUUAGAGAUAUGGUAACGAGUAACAUCAUGAGGCGGUUCAACAUCGACCUCACAGCCGUGAUGCCAGCAAUAUGCCGGUACUGGACGCUGAAGCGAGACGAUAUUGGUGCAAUGUUUUCGAAAAGGCUUGUGCAUGCCCUCGAUACCAGCAGGCAAGAGAGUUUUUCCGCCGAAAACCGAGCAUACGACUUGGCCCUAGAGAGAGAGCGACUGAAGGAGUACCUUGAUCUGGCUUUGAGGGCACGUAAAAGCCUUGACGGACGAUCUAGAAAACGGCACAAAGCGACGUGA